UCACCAACCCGCUCCUCUCUUCGACCCGCUUCCCGCACUCACUACAAGUAUCCUAUACAUCUGCUCUGUGUGGCUACUUGAUGCUGUCGGACAAGUGGGAGCGUAGUUCUCAACAAGCUUGUCCCUGGCAUCAAUCUUUCCUCGACAGCGACGUUGCUCUGCAUCACUCUUGUCGGGGCAUAUAUUCAGACUCUCGAUGCCCUCAUUGGCGAUUCUUCCUCUAGCGUCUGAGUCAUACGUGGUGCAAGUGCGAGCGUAGUUCUCCGAAUCCUGACCACCUUGACUGUCUCGAACAGGUCUACGUUUUGGCACCUGCAAUGCACAGGACGGUGCGUAGGAUCUAUGAGCCUGUCGGGAUACUCUACAUAUAUUUCACCUUGACUAUCUUGCCAUGGUCCAGUCCCCCAACACAGGUGCCCAAGUCUCAGCACACGACGACGGGUAUACGGGUAGGACUUCGUGGACAAGUCCACCGUCAGGUCCAUGGCCCGUAUCGGUAAUUUCCUAUACGUUCCCACGGUGACUGCGUCAACGUAUCCUUCUGCAGUUGCUUCGCAGCGCCGUCUCUUGCCGCUCUACAUCAAGUCGUUUGCUAGAUCCAGUGAGCACUUACUCACCUAGCCGCCACCACAUCACCGCGCCAUCAUGGACAUGUCAGACUCCAGCACCGAUUCCAGCUCUACCUCGACCAUGAUGAUGGUCCCUUACCUCCACUUCACUGGCGGCGAUGCUCUCUACUUUUCGUCUCUCGCCCCGACAUCCUCUGGCGCGAUUGCAGGCGCCUCAAUUGUUCUUGUCGUUAUUGCUCUCAUAGACCGGUUGCUUUUUGCGAUACGAGGGGCAAUGGAAGAUAACUGGCGCAGGAGUCUCCUAGAGGCGAAUGCAAACCGGUUGGCUAAACGCAGCCAAGACAGUGGCUCUGCAUCGGAUGUGAAGAGUGGUGAGGGGAGAGCUGAGCCCGUCUCGACGAAGGGCAAUGGUGACAGGAGGACUCGCACAAUGCCACCCUUCAUUCCCUCUAUCGACCUGACCCGUGGUGCUCUCUAUGCCCUCCAGGCCUUUCUCACCUACGCUCUCAUGUUGGCCGUUAUGACUUUCCAAGCGGCGUAUAUCAUCUCCAUCAUUGUCGGGCUGGGGAUCGGAGAGGUUCUUUUCGGCCGAUAUGGCAGCACACUCGCGCAUUUGCAUUGAGAGAGGACAGGGUUGCCACUGUUUCAUGGAGAUCUCCUGACUUCUUUCUCUUCACGUUUCCCGCACAGCGCUCCCCGUGGGUUGCUCGCCCGUAGUUCUUGUGUAUACGAUAUUGUACGAGUUGGCCUUCGGAAUACAUUCACGAAGUGGUUGCUCCAUGUCAUAACAUGUCACCGUGUUUCCGUCGUUCCCG